AUGUUGAGCAAGGGCUUUUCCAUCGCCCUGCUUGUCUUGCAGGGACUAUCAACGGCUGCUGCUCAAAGCUAUGGACCCGAAAAAGUAUGGGGAGUCUUCACAUUCACCAUCUUUGGAGACAGCACACCCGAAGUCUUAUCUAACUCUCGAACCCUGACCACAUAUGGAGCCAGUGAACUGGCAGCCGCAGCAGCGGCCUUUCGAUAUCGAUAUAUAUCGACAGCUGGCAGUGAUGCCUCCGAGAGUGGCAUUCAGAAUAUUUCGCCAAGCAUUCUGGACUCGAAAGACGUGAGAGUGCUUUCGACGGCAGAACAGUACGUUGCUGCUUCCGCUCAGGCUUUUAUGCAGGGUCUCUAUCCUCCUGUCGACAUGAACACAACCGACGCCCAACUGGCAAAUGGCUCGUAUGCACAAGCGCCCGUUCAUGGAUAUCAGUAUCCUUUAAUUAUCCCACUUGGAAAAUCAGAUCCUGCAUCUUUCUAUGUUGGAGGACAAGCAGAUUGUGAAAUGCAUGAGGCCGCCGAAGGGGAAUAUCGUGACAGCGAGGAAGUGGACCUCAUCAUUCGCGACACUGAAACCUUCUAUGUGGACCUUUGGCAUACAGCCUUGGCUGGUGUCUUCGCCAAUGAAGACUCAUCGACGUAUACAAACGCCGUGCCUAUCGCGGAUUACAUCGAUUACGAGCUUGUGCACAAUGAGUCUUUCUCGCAAGCGAUUCACGACGCUGACAUUCUCCGUGCUCGCGCACUGGCCGAUAAGUUCUUAUACGACACAAACAGUCAGCAGGAUUCGUCACAUGGGUCUAUCAUCAGAAACAUCAGCCCCAUUGCGGGUAGAACGUUAGCAACGAGCAUCUUGGAGUCCUUCGAUAUCAACAUCCAGAUGGGUGGCUCUCAGGAGAAGAUGACUUUGCUCUUUGGUGGUGACGAGCCUGCGAUAGCCCUGUCAUCGUUGUUAGGGCUUGCAAGCGAACACCAACCGAACUUCUUCUCUCGUCUUGUGCGGGGUGGCUCGUUCGUCUUUGAGCUGUAUAGCUUUGGGGAAGAUGAAGAGUAUCCCACGUAUCCAGCUUCUGACAACCUUUAUGUGCGAUUUCUGCUCCACAAUGGGACGGAUGCUACCACGCAGUUCCAGCCAUAUCCUAUGUUCGGAUAUAGUCCGAGUCACUCCUAUAUUCGAUAUAGUGAGUUCCGCACUGAACUGGAAACGUUCGCUCUGUCUUCCAUCCAGGAAUGGUGUAUGAUGUGCAACUCGAACGCUAUCUUUUGUACAGGAGUGAUGGACGCCGAAAAGUCCAAGCCAGAGAAGAAAAAAACGAUGGCGCCGGCAGUGGCUGGGGUUAUUGGAGCCGUUGUAGCCCUGGCUAUUGUUGGGUUUGUCACAGCUAUUGGCUUCCUGCUGUGUGGCAUUCGCAAGCGUCGAGAGAGCAGAUCGAGUUUGGGCGGGUUCAAAGGAACGGACAAGAUGGCCAGUGACACGGAUGUGGUAUUUCGUAGCCCUACGUGGGGCAAUUCCAAAACCCAGAACUCGACUCAGGAUAUCUCUGCUGGAAUUGUCAUUCAGGGAAAUGAACGGCUUGGAAGCUGGGAGAUGGGCCAGCAAGGAAAAGAGGUUGAUCAUAUCGAGCGAGAUGGCGCUGUCACAUCCCCAUUUGAUGACCCCGAUGAGGACUGCGGAUUGCACAGUCUUCAACCGGCGAGGGUGAGGGAAAGUGUGUAG